AUGCAUCCAAAGUUGGCAGAGGAGAAAGAGGGCAAAGGGACAGUGACUGACAUAAACAGCGAGUCAGAGGGAUUCUGGGUGGGUGCCUCUGAUGGGACUUUGGAUAAUGCGUCCAACAUCAGUAAGCCAGUGAUGAUAAUCACAGAGUACAUGGAAAACGGAUCGCUGGAUGCAUUCCUGAGGAAGAACGACGGCCGCUUCACAGUCAUCCAGCUGGUCGGUAUUCUGCGUGGCAUCGCGUCGGGUAUGAAGUACCUGUCAGACAUGAGCUACGUUCACCGUGACCUCGCGGCUCGCAACAUCCUGGUCAACAGCAACCUGGUGUGCAAGGUGUCCGAUUUUGGCAUGUCCCGAGUGCUGGAGGACGACCCUGAGGCUGCAUACACCACGAGGGGAGGGAAGAUCCCCAUCCGUUGGACGGCCCCAGAGGCUAUCGCUUACAGGAAGUUCACCUCGGCCAGCGACGUGUGGAGCUACGGCAUCGUCAUGUGGGAGGUGAUGUCAUACGGCGAGCGACCAUACUGGGACAUGAGUAACCAAGACGUCAUCAAGGCUAUCGAUGAGGGCUAUCGGCUGCCCCCGCCCAUGGACUGCCCUGUGGCACUCCACCAGCUCAUGUUGGACUGCUGGCAGAGGGAGAGAGCCGACCGGCCAAAGUUUGGACAGAUCGUCAACAUGCUGGACAAGCUGAUCCGUAACCCCAACACUCUGAAGAGGACCGGGGGAGAGACCGCAGUCAGGCCCAAAACCACCCUGUUGGAGCCCGGGAGCCCUGAGGCGUCCUCGGCCGUGGGAACAGUGGAGGACUGGCUGCAGGCCAUCGGCAUGGAGCGAUACAUCGACAACUUCACUGCUGCCGGCUACACCACUCCAGAGGCUGUGGUCCACAUGACAGAAGAGGACAUGGCUCGCAUUGGUAUCUCCUUGGCAGCUCACCAGAAUAAGAUCCUGACCAGUGUCCAGGGAAUGCUGUCCCAAAUGCAACAGAUGCAAGGCAGAAUGGUUCCUGUCUGACAGAUUCAAGCUGAGAAAAAAAGGGAAAAGGAAGCAAAGCGACUUCGUUUCUUAUGAAAAAAAUAUAUAAAUAAAUAACAAAAAAGAAGAAAUAUAAAAAAAGAGACAAAUAAACUAUGAAGAAAUAGUUUACCUCAUCCAUGCACUUUAAAUUGGAUCUAAAAGAAAAGAAGACAUUGAUGAAGAUGGAAAAAAGUGGUGAAAAUGGCACUUUUUUUUUUUUAAAUCAGACCUUUACCAUGCCCAUUUUUUUGUUUUUUUGGAGAACGGGCACUUCUGUCUGCAGCAUUUAUGGAUAGAUGAAGGGAUGGCGGCUGGAAAAGUGCUUCCGAGAGGCCAAUCUGGAGUGCCUUUAAUGGUCUGGAAGGAAAGGAAGACGGGGAACCAUACCUUUCUUCCUCGUCUCGGGCAGAGUGUUGUUUCUGGAACUUUCUUUCUGGAAUAAUCCGCAGAGCAGAUUUUUUUGAUUUCCUGUGACUGUGUUUAUUGUACAUGAAUAGAUUCUGUGGGACUCGCCGGCUGCCCCAGCCACCAUUGUUCUCUCUCUCAGCUGGAUCUGUUUGGUAUCUCACAGACAAAAUGGAGGAUCCUAACCCGUCAGAUAUAAACAGAAAAUCUCUGAGAGGUUGAGGGUUGGAUUCCGAGGGGAGAUGGCUUUGCAGGGAGGGCUUCUUGUUGCUUUUUUGCUCUGUUCUGGUCUUGUUUUUCUCCCAGAACACCGUGUUUUGUUGCCCUCAGGACGUUGCUGAGAAUGUGUUUGAUCUUCCAGAGGAACCUUCCCACUCCCCUGUCUUCCCAAAACUGCUCUCCCACACCUCACGUAAACAUUCAAUUUGGAUUCUUCCAUCCCUCUCCGCAUCUGGAUCAGAGCACCCGCCCCAGCGCUGCCACCGGGACCCAUCGCUUCAUCGCUACUUUUGAUAGACGGCCGUCUGGACCAGUUGAAUUGCCGUCGUGAAUUGGAACGCGAGAGUGAAGGAUUUAUUGGCGGAAUUUACUCGGACAAAAGGAUACAACAGAGGCAAUAUGGAUACAGAGUCGAUCAGAGUCAUCAGCAUUAUCAUCGCCAGGAAAAAGGCACUCACCUUUAAUCCAUCCAUCAUCAAGCUGCUGCCGUCCAUCUUAAACAGGAUCCCGGCCUCGCCACAACCAGAAUUCUUCCUCCUCUUCCUCUUUGUCUUCCUCCUCCUGCUAACCUCCCCUCCUCCUCUCCUCGGAGCCCCCUCCAACACAGAGAUGACAAAUCCAUCCCCGAGCGUGAGGGACGUCCUCCGUCACAACACGUCAACUUGACAAACUAGCCACCGUCUGCUUGUGGCCAUCCAGCGAUGUACUGGAAUUACUAUGAAUGAUUUAACAGCAUAAAAAGAGACAAUACGAAGAAUGUAAUAUAAUAGAGAAGCCCUGCUCCAGCGGAUAAUGUGCUUUUAUUUUGAAGGUCUCAUUUUAUUUUGUGAAAUUUUGUUUGUUUUUUUAUUGCUUAGUUCAGUUUGCAUGUAAAGUAACAAGUGCUUCAUUUGAGUGUGCGGCUGUGAUGGCGUGUGUGCAUGGAUGUGUGUAUGAGUGAGUGUGUGUGUGUGUGUGUGUGUGUGUUCAUGAUUGAAAACAUAUUUGAAGUAUCAGUAACUGUGUUUUCAUGCCACUGUGGAGAAGGAAGAGAUAACGAGUUGUAUUGUUUUCAUAUAAAACAACUUUUUUGCUCCCGACGUGCAAAACUCUACUCGACAGCGUUUUAUUAAACAGCUUUCUGGAAUGCAACCAAUUUCUGCUUUUGGCAGUGAAGGUGGCUCCGAGCAGACACUCAACAAACGUAGACUGGAGUUUGGACUCCGAGAUAAGUCAAAGCGGACAAGUAGGAGCUUCUCUGUUGAAGUGGGAGCAGUUGUACACAACAAUGGAUCAGAGAAGUGAGGAAAAAGUGUUUAAGAAGGGAAAACAGUUUUUUUUAUUUUUCCACACAUCAUAACGCUACAGGUUUAACCCAAUGGACUACCGGUAUAUUCAUUUUUUUCCCUUUAUCUCGUCAAAGUAUACUUAUGUGAAUGUUUCUGAACUCGUAAGUGACAAUUCAUUUAAUUCAGAAAACACCUCCGCCCUUAAUACAGCUCAACUGCUCUUUCCUGUUUUGGCAACAUGUUUUUUUUUUCUUUUGGGUUUUAUCUAUCGUAAAAAGGACCUGUUUGGAAAUAUGCAAGACAUGUUGGGAAGGAGAAGGAAACCAGAAUGUACUGUAAAAUACUUUGUUCCUCUACUUAAAUGUCGGAAGAUUUGAAAAAACAAAUGAGAAAAAAAACAAAACAAAUGCCAGUUAUUGUUUGUCAUUGUACGCCUUCCGACGCCAUAUGAUUCAGCCAUGUAGAUCUAACAUUCUCUCAAUCGUUUUUGUACUUUUAUUUUGACAUGAUCAUCAUUUUUUUGGCUUUGUUCUUGUUUGUUUUAUUUUGUUUCUGUCAAGGAGCUCUAGGUACAUGUAACUUAUGUCAUUUAUUUAUGUCCUUUUAUAUCUAGUUUGUAAAAUAAUAGCCUAAAGUGAAGAAAAUAAAAGGGGUGCCAAAGUGCAUUCUUAUUAAAGUAGAAACCA